AUGACCCUUCAGGUGUUUGUGCAGUGCACCGAGAUGCGCAGUCCGCACGUGCAGCACAAGGGACCGCCCAAGAAGACGGUCAUCACAGGCACGGUCCUGGUCACCAAGUGCCCCUGCGUGCACCCGGGUGACGUGCGCAAGUUCACCGCGGUCGACGUGCCUGAGCUCCACCACGUCAUCGACUGCAUUGUGUUCCCGGCGCAUGGACCUAGGCCGCACCCCGAGGAAAUGGCCGGCUCGGACUUGGACGGGGACGAGUACGUUGUCAUUUGGGAGGAGUGCCUCUUCUUCCCAGGGUCAAACAGAACGCCCAUGAACUUCUCGGAUCGCAACCCCGAGCCACACGGGAAGCCAAUCACAACCGAUGACAUGAUUCAAUUCAUAUGCAACUAUAUCAAGAAUGAUUCCAUUGGUAUCCUCUCCAACGCACACCUGGCCUGGGCUGACCAGGAGAAGGAAGGAAUUUAUUCACAGAAGUGCCUUGCCAUCGCUGAAAAGAUCAGCAUCUGCCUCGACUUUGCAAAGAACGGCAAGACUGCCUACCUUCGACGAGACGAGCGGCCUAUGCUGUACCCAGACUUCAUGGAAAAAGGGAGCCACAAGACCACGUACCGGUCCGACAGGGCACUCGGCGUCUUGUACCGAACGUGCCGUUCCCUGGAGGCCGCCGUGGGCAGGUUGGGUCACCGGCACGUUGACCCUGGUCGGUGCCAGGCGCUUGCCAUACCAGGUUGGGAAGAGUACCGAGAGUCGGCGGCGCAGGCUCUGACAGAUUACAACACGAACCUUCGGCGAAUACUGAACCAGUACGGCAUCGGGUCCGAGGGUGAGGUUAUGGCAUGCAUGGUGAACACGUUCGACGCCUAUCACAGUGCCCAGUCAGACAAGCUCAACAUGGAAGACCUCGUUGAGAAGAUGGUCAAGUUUCUGACGGUCACCACACGUGACGUCUUCUACAACGACAUCUUGAAAGAAAUGCAGGAAAGCUGCAUAUCCGAUCCAGAGGAAUUGACCAAGAGGAAGCUUCGCAGGGCUUCAGCCUGGUACAUGGUAACGUAUGAGCAGAGAGAAGAGGACUCAUUUUUUAGCUUUCCCUGGUGCAUCGCGGAUCUUCUCAUCGAGAUCUUGCGCAGCGCCGAUGCUCAGGACAAGGUGUGGUGCCCGAACAUUUUGUACUGGAAGAUUGACCGCCUUGUCGAAGAGAACAGCAGCCUUGCGAAGAAUGAUGGUCUGGGUGCAAGUUGCGAUUCCUUCAAGACAGCCUUUCAAAUAAUUAAGAAGUGGCUGAAAGAGGAGACGCUGCUUGGCGAGCACAAACCUGGCGCCCCAUCCAAGCCCGGGCUGUGCUCCACCUGCCUGUUAGACAUUUACAAUGAGUUUGUGGAAAGUAGGAAAUUUGCACCCUUGAGCAAGAUUGUCACGAGGAGGCGGCAUGCCAUGAUGAUGUCGGAAACAGCAGCUUCUCAGGAUGAGCCAAGUGCCGAGCCAACUGUGGAGGCAUCAAAGAAACUGAGUGCAGCCAAAUGCAUUUCCCACAAGAAGGCUCCUACUGAAGCCUGGCAGAUUAUCGAUGGGUUUGUGGAGCCCCUUUGUCUGGACGACUCUGACGAGACAGUGGACUCUGGAUUGUCGGAGCAGAGUGGACAAGGUGAGUGCAACGAGCAGGACGUCAAAGAGGUCACUUGUUCCACGGCACUGCUCCUGCACGAGCCAAGGGACGGGUGCGAUACUGAGCUGGACCAUGGCAAGGACCAAAGUGUGGGCACUCUGGUGGUCUCGUUUCUGCGGUGGUGCCUGGAGCAGCACCGGCUGCCGCGGGAGAUGUGUCGUGUGGGCGCCUGUGCGGGCGGUGGCUACGACUGCCAGACCCACAGGCUGCCGAUGGUGGCGCUGCGGGCGUACAGUUCGCUGGCAGUUUCCCUCGACCCAUGCCACAUCUCGCUGCCCUGUGACCCUGCCUACCACGAACCUCAUCAGGAAGUCUUCGAGCGGGAUCCUGUCCGCAUCUUGAUAGCCAAUCCAGUGAUGGACCAGAUGCUGAAGGAGAAGCUCAAUGCCGUGCGACAGCUCCUUAUGCGCUGGACAGGCGUACAGGAUGUGCAAAUCCAGCAUCUGGACGAUUUUGAUGACGCCUACAUCGUGGUGACCGCGACUGGCAGAGACUGGCAGAUCUGGUUCCUGGAGGAGCUGCUCCUCCAGCGAUGGCUGCCGCAGGCGAUCGACUGUGGGGACAUCCUCAAGUUUCUAAAGGAGAAUCCGCAGGCUCGCCAGGCAAAGCUGGGCGCCCGAAACUUGGCAUCUGGCAAGCGCUAGCGAUUGCUGUAUCUGACAUUUUCGUGACGCGGCUCGAUAGCGAUCUCGUCAUAGGCACAGACUUGAAGGUGUUGACGAGGUUGCAAAUUGCCGCGCAGACCCUGAGUGCCUGUGUACAAGUGUACAGACACUUUAUACUUACUAAAAAUGUACAAUUUGUACAGUAUUUACCCUUGUGAUAUUUUAAAACUGUUUGUCUACAUUCUGGCAGACAUGUUUCAUUGUGGGCAUGCGCAAUUGCUGGGCAGCGUGCUUUGAGUUUAGUGGCAAUUUUAUGCUUUGCUGAAUUUGUGUUCUUUCACGUUAGUUUAUAAUACUGUACAUGCUGAAGGCAUUUACAAUAGUAGAUUUUGUCCAUCAGGUCGUUUCUUCAAUGGGGUUGUGCAUGUGUGUGGCAUAUUGAAAAUAAAUUGCCCUGUUCGAAUGUUUAGCAGGCCUUCACAUUCACACGUGUUUACUCCACAACCAGACUUGCUGCAACCACUGGCAUUCGAGGCAGCAUGCUGUGGAAUGUUUUGUUGCCUGUGUGAAACGUGAUGAAAGUGGAAGCUCUUGACAAGCAGACUCUGUGCAUUUCUUUGCACUCGGGUGUUUUGUUAAUUAUUACUUUGCUUAUGCUUACUACUUAGUUACUGCUAGAUGAUACUUAAUGAUUUUGUUUGGUAUCUGAUCGCUUUUUUUGCUCACUACAAUCUUUUAAUAUCUUAACCAUCUUUACUUUUUAAUGCAUAGAAAACUUUUUGUUUACUUGACGACACAUCAUUGUGAUAUGGUGUAUGUUUUUGUGAACACAAAGCUCCUUGACCGUUUCUAUCUAUCUAGCCCCUUACAUCUGGGUGCCCUAGUCCUCUUGUUGGAGAUGCUACUUGAAGAAUUAUUUUUUAUUACGGCCUUUAGUCAAAUACAACUUGAGUAGUCUGCAGAGGCCCCGCCCAGGUGGCCAAAGCGCGUGGCAAGUGAAGAAAUAGUCUCGCUCCCCGACAUAAUGAUCUUCAAAGGCAAUGUCACCGGCCGUUCUACUGAACAUGUUCAUAGUACAAGCUCAUUAGCGUUGGCUUGUGUGCAUCCGCCUUUAUAAGAGGCCCUGCAACACUUUUUGAGCUUUGUCAGAAAGCCUUGCCGAUCUGUAUUUGAGGCUCCCGAGAACAUACGUGCCAAAUAUUACAGCACAACACGCGGUUUGGAACUUAGACUGAGCUAACAAUCGCUUUCUCUUCUCUAGAAAAAUGAUGCUACAAGCUCGAAAAUUGCUGCGUCAUGGGCCAAGUAUCAGCUGUUGGCUGAUUUAAGCAUUACACGUUCUGUCACUACUAGGGCCACCACGGGACGCCGCGACUUGUCCAAGUGUUGGUGUGAAAUUGCGCUGAAAAGUUGCGCAUUAAAAAAAGAAGUGCUCAAGGUCACGAGGCAUGUGCGACUUAUUUUUUUACCCGUGCCAUCUCUCCCUACUUAGCUUCCAGUAGUACUUUAGUUGGGACGAGCGUAAGGAGAAUGCAAUUGCUGCAUGCAACAAAUUUUCGUAAUUCCGCUCGUACUGAAAGGAUUCUAAAAAUUUUUGGGGAGGGGAAUUCGGGAGGCAAUGAGCUGCUUUAGUGAACCCAUUCUAUGGUUACCUGGAAAAGUGUUGUAGCGAAUUUCUGAAGUUGUAUCGGACUAUAGGGACAUACAAUUUUUGUUCUUAUGCCAAAUUUCAAAUAUCUAAUCAACUUUGUAGCAAGUUGCACACCUAUUGUUCUGUUUUAUGAACGAGCAAACUGUAGCUAUUUUUGCGUAGACUUUUUUUGCCCCUUUACUUCCAUACUUAUUAGUCAACUUGUAUUCCUUUGAGUAACCUAUAGAAUGCUAGAUUGAUAGCGUCAUCCUGGUAAGGUUUUUUUUUUGUUUUUUUUAAGCGCUUAUUACUGUUCUGUUGUGU